AUGUCUUCGGAUUUCGAUCCCUGGACCCAAAAUGUCACUUUUCACCUUGCGGAUGGAACUCCUUUCGAUGUGCCCAUUGACAUGGUCGACGACUUUGCUCAGUAUCCGAUCCGGGUGUGCAUCAACUACGGCUCGCAGCUUGGAGCAACUGUCGUUCUUCUGGUUAUACUUCUUCUGCUGACUAGAGCCGAGAAGCGUGCUUCCUAUGUUUUCUGGCUCAACUGUCUCGCGCUGCUCCUUAACUUCGCGAGAUUGCUCUGCUCAAUCAUCGUCUUCACCUCCGGCUUCUUGAAAGCCUAUGCAGUCUUCACCGGCGACUACUCCCAAGUGCCUACCUCCGACUAUGCAAACUCCGUUCUGGGAGUCAUUUUCGCAGCUUUGCUCCUCACGAUCAUCGAGAUAUCGCUGGUCCUCCAAACGCAGGUUGUCUGUUCGAACCUAAGACGCAUCUACCGUCGUUUUUUGCUCUGCGUGUCCGUCGUUGUUGCCCUCAUCCCAACCGGGUUUCGGUACUGGCUGUCUGUUGAGAACGUAAAGAGCAUUAUCCUUUCAGCCAACAGUCCGGUACCCCUCAACUGGUUGGAGAGCACCGCGAACAUUGUCCUCACCGUGAGCAUCUGCUUCUUCUGUACGGUCUUCAUAACCAAGCUUGGCUUUGCCAUUCGACUCCGCCGCAAACUCGGCCUCACCGAAUUCGGCCCUAUGAAAGUUAUCUUCGUCAUGGGCUGCCAGACCAUGAUUAUCCCAGCCAUCUUCUCAAUCGUAAACUACUCAACCGACGUCCCGGAGCUCUCCACCAACAUCCUAACCCUAGUAACCCUCUCCCUACCUCUAUCUUCCCUCUGGGCCGGCACAACUCUUGACAAACCCAACCAAACCUCUUCCAACGCCCGCAACCUAUGGCAGAUCCUCUCUUUCUCAGGAUACAAGGGCAGACACCAGCCAUACACGGUGACAUCCUCUACUUCAACCGCCAAGCAAUGCACCCACUGCUACUCCGACUCGCGACCCUUGACGGAGAAGGAGGAUAAGAACAAGAAGAAGGGUUUCAGGAAUGACUUUACUUCGUUUUCUUCUGAGCAGUCCGGUAUUGCGGUUGAGCAUGAUAUUUCCGUGCGGAGUGCAAGGAGGGAUUCGCUUGGGUUUGUUUGA